AUGGUUGAGCCCAACAGGUUCAUCGAGGAGACACCUGGGAAAACAACAGUGGUCACAUUCUUGACCGAUGGUUUUGAAGAUGUCGAAGCUAUGGGCUUUGGUGUCGAAGGAGAUGUGCAGUUGGAACAACAGGAGCUGGAGCUACCUCCUGAAGUUCCAGCAGGUGAUGGAGAAGUUCAAGGAGUUGGAGAUGCAGAACAACUUCAACUACAAGUUCCACAAGAAGGAGAAAUCCUGGUUGGAGAAGUGCUGCCACAUCAGACCGAGGUUGAUGGCAAUGUGCUGACUGUAGCUAGCAGUUUGGCAACUUUGAGGGCAGCAUGUGGCUUCUAUGGUGUGAGCCGAUCAGGUAGCAAAGCGAAAUGCUACAGGAGGUUGUGUCAGCAUCAGAAGACACUUGAGCUGCUGUCUGCACAGGCAGCAAUUGCCCAGACUCAAGGAGUUGUUGAGAGGCAUCCCAAUGCUCAAACUUUGGUGAAGCCUCCAGACCCGAAACAACAGGAGUUGCACGAGCUGACCCAUACUCCUUACGAGCCCUGGUGCGCAGCAUGUUUGAAACAUCGAGCACGACCUGAUCCACAUCGACGAACUGGAGAAGCUCACAACACAAGCAUCCCCAUCAUCUCUAUGGACUUCUAUGUGACGAAGAAGAAGGAUGGCUUGGACCCACAACCAGAGGGAGCACCUGACGACAAAGGAGCUCUUUGGCUGGUGUUGACAUGUAGCCAGACUGGCUAUCUUGGAGUGGUUCCAAUCCAAGGCAAAGGUCAGAUUAACUACAUGACCCACGAAGUGCUGAGCUUUGUGCAGAGCCUUGGGUGUGCUGAAGUUGGUUUCUACGGCGACAAUGAGCCGACCAUCAGACAAAUCUUGAAAACUAUCAUCACUUCGAGGCAUGCGCUUGGAUUGAAGACCCGAAUCUUCACUACCAAGGUGAAAGAUUCAGCUGGGAACUCAUUGGCUGAGAACAGCAUCCAGCGCAUCAGGCAGCUUGCUUGUACUUUGGUGGAGGAUGUGGCUCAGAAAACAGGCCUGAGUUACCCUUGUGAACACCCACUAUGGUCUUGGGCUGGUAGAUAUGCAGCUUGGUGCCUCAACCGUUACCAAGUUGGCAGAUCCCUCACAGCCUACGAGGUGACUCAAGGCAAAAAAUAUUAUGGAAAAGUUGCACGAUUUGGUGAACCGGUCUAUGGAUAUUGCAACAGCCGUGGCAAGGCUGAUGCAAAGUGGAAAGUUGAUUUGUUCCUGGGCAAAACCGAGAACCAGGAUGCAUGGAUCAUUGGAGAUGGAGUUGAUGUCAUGCUGAGUCGCAGCAUUCGAAGGGUAGAUCGCCCUUGGACCAACUUCCUUGCCUACUAUAGUGGCUUGCAAACCCACAGCUUCGUGUACCAGACCAGCUUUGGUGGCAGAAUCGUUCCGACGAAGCGCAAGAUCAUCCCGCAGAAACAAGAUGGCCGAUUGCUUCCCAAACUGAGCGAGGUAGAGAGACGCUUUGCUGACGAAGAGGCCGAUGCAGUUUUGGCCUAUGCUCGUUCCAGACAGGGACGAUUGGAAGCUCAACAAGAAGUUCAACAAGCACUUGCAGAACUUCCUGAUCAAGCACCCCCAGGAUCGGGAGUCAUUGUGGAGGAGAUUGCAGAGGAGCCUUCAGCAAAAAGGAUGAAGCCAAGUGAAAGCUCUUUGAGAAGAAUCGAGAUGGUCGAGAGGCGAUUGGUGGAGGUGAAGGUUGCCAAUGAGACUUACUACCACUUGGACAAUGUCAUCGAUGUUGACUUUGUGAACGCUUGGGAGUCUGAAGAUGUGGAGAUGAUUGAAGAGAAGGCCAAGGAUGUAAAUGACAUCGAAGCUUUCUGGUCUGACGAUCCAUUGACGAGAUCACCGCCUGAGCCACUACCUGAGGUAGAUCGCCUGGCUGAUGAGAUCGAAGUCAACAGAUUGCAGGAGAUGGGUGUCAUCGAGAAGCUUGCCCUGAAGGACUACGAGUUGGAACUUCUUACAACUCGAAUGGUCUAUGACUGGCGCAUCAAGGAUUGGAAAGAUCCCAAAACAGGUUCAAUUCGGAGAAGGUGGAUGCGCAGGGCAAGACUGGUUGCACGUGAAUAUGCAAACCACCGACGAGAUGAUGUGCACUCUCCAGCAUCUGGCAGUCAAGUGUUGAGGCUGUUACCAGCCAUCUACCUGAUGCUCACUGCGGUGGACGGCAUUGACCAGGAGGAGAUCCAGAUUGGUUCUUUGGACAUCAAGGACGCUUUCUUGAUGGCUGAUCAAGAAGAACCUCUACAGAUCACUACAAAGGUUGGAAAAUUCAAGGUGAAGAAGAGCCUCCCUGGUCAAAGAAAGGCAGCGAGAUCGUGGUAUGAGUUCAUUGCCAACUACUUGGAAAAGAAGGGCGUGACUUUCUGCCCUGAGAACCCAUGUCUUGGACGACGAGGAGGUGGACUUUUUCUACUUCUACAUGUGGAUGACAUGAUGCUUUGUGGAAUGAAGUCGGAAGUGGAGAAGCUUAUCCAGGAGUUGAAAUCCGAGCUCAACAUCUCCUACAAGAUUGCCAGCAUGAAGGAGAUCAGUUCGAGUUCCUGA